GGGUAUAUGAUACUUGCAACCACCGUAUCCCGUCUGUCUUCACAUUCACUCUUUAUAGUCACUCCUUUACAGUCACCGCAUUGACCUGAUUUGCACUCGUUUCUGUCCCUCAAUGGCAAUGCCUAUACGUAGCCGGCGAUGGCUUGUACCUCCUCUCUUUAUUCUUAUUUUAUUUGUUAUAUCAAACCUUGAACUCUCUUCAUUUUCAAAGUCCCUGCUGACUUGGGACCAAACUGGCCAAACCGACAAGAAGACGACUGUUACAGAUCAUGGCGACUUUUUGCAGUCUCCCCAAGCCGAGGAACUGGGCUUUGGCAUGAGGGUCUAUGAGAGGGACUCAUCAAACUCAACCAUGGGCCAGGGCAGCUACACCUGUGGCCCAGGUUCCCCCUGCUCGAACGGAGCUUGUUGUGGCUCCAGUGGUUGGUGCGGUUAUGGUUCUACAUACUGCGGUGACGGCUGCCAGUCCAACUGCAAUGCUACCGCUGAAUGCGGCAAAGAUGCAAGCCCUGCAGGAAAAACUUGUCCCCUGAAUGUCUGUUGCUCGCAAUUCGGCUUCUGUGGUACGACUAGCGACUUCUGCGUAACUGGUUGUCAGUCCAAUUGCCCUCAGCCGGUUCCCGAUGCACCUGCAAGUAAUACCCAGACACGUAUAGUCGGUUAUUGGGAGGCUUGGAACAGCGAGAAUCCUUGCGGCACCAUGCCACCAGGGCAAAUUCCCGCCACCUUGUUGACGCAUUUGAAUGUAGCAUUUGCCUACAUAUCAGAUGAUUUUGAUCUUACAACCAUGCCUGGAGUUCCCGAAGGAAUCUACCAGAGUGUUGGUAAUGUCAAAUUUAAAAAUCCGGAGCUUAAACUCAUAAUCACAGUUGGCGGCUGGGACUUCUCGCAACAGCUUUUCAGUCAAAUGGUCUCAAGUGCCACCAGCCGUGCAACGUUUAUUCAGAACGUACUAUCAUGGCUUGGUGAAUAUGGCUAUGAUGGCAUUGAUUUUGACUGGGAGUAUCCAGGUGCAAGUGAUCGUGACGGCCAGCCCGAAGACGGGGCUAAUUUUGCAACAUUUUUGCAAGAGUUGCGUGCUGCUAUCAACACUGCAGGCAAAGAUUACAUCUUGACUUUCACAGCACCGACAUCAUACUGGUAUCUUCAAAAUUUUGACUUAGCAAAUAUGAUCCCAUACGUUGACUGGGUGAACUUGAUGUCAUAUGAUCUUCAUGGAGUUUGGGAUUCCACUGAUCGUUAUAUCGGUUCAGAGGUUUUUGCCCAUACAAACUUGACUGAAAUAGACCUUGCGCUUGACCUAUUUUGGCGAGUGAAUGUUGAUCCGUCUGACAUCGUCCUGGGACUGGGCUUUUAUGGCCGCACCUAUGAGCUGGCAGAUACAUCAUGUUGGAAACCUGGCUGUUCUUUUCUCUCUGCUGGAGCUGCAGGACCGUGUACUCACACUCCCGGCAUUCUUUCAUAUCGUGAGAUCAAACAGAUCAUUGCAGAUACCGGCGCAACGCCCUACGUCGAUACGUCAGCUGCCGUGAAUUACAUGGUAUACAGUGGGAAUAACUGGGUUUCAUAUGACGAUGAACAGACUUUUGCUGCCAAGAUCGAGUAUGCAAACAAAAUGGGUCUCGGAGGUCUAAUGGUGUGGGCAAUCGACCUCGAUGACUCAAACCUUGAGGCAUUAAAAGCUAUAACAGAUAAAUCGGUGCUUAACGCCUCUAGCGUUGACUUUUCGCUAGUGCCACUUGAAUAUCUCUUCCCUUCGCAGUAUUUACCCUUGGACAACAGCACUAUUCAGUGGGGUAUUACUACAUUUGGUGCUGCCGCCGCUCAGGGCUCUAUGGAUCCUGCUCAGACUGGAUUUGGACUCAUGCUGAUAGCAGGCGAUUCGUAUGCUGUUACGACACUGAACAAGCGUAGUGAAACCGAUCCGGAACCCUUUACCUUCCUCAAUUGCCCGGAGAAUGUCAUGGACGCCUCUCAAAACGAGGCCCAAACAGUCAGAGUGGUUUGUUUGAGCGAUGAUGUUGAGGGAUGUUUUCGUAUAACGGAACGUGGUGUCAAGGGAACCAUUGUUGAGAUGCCAGAGAAUUGCGCAAGGCAAAGGUUUGCUAGAGCUAUAUCUCUGGAGGUGUCUGAAGAUCAACAUAUAUCCUUGGAUCAGCUUGGAAAAAGAAGUGCCUCAUCUCAGGUAUACGACUUCUCAUUUGACUUUGACUUGUCCCUCGCUAGAAGAGAUACGGAUAACACCAUCAUGCGAAUCGAUGUCUCUAAUAUGCCGGGGUAUUGGGAUGGGAUGGUCAACUAUCCUGGUAUCCAAGAUAGCGACUUGAGCAAGAUCAAAGCACGUUUCUUUGCGCCGAAUACCUGGGAAUGGGACACGCGUCAGAGUCAGUGGCUUACUAACGAUACCAGUGCAAAAAGUGACAUUUCGAUCAACCAGGACGUCAGUGCACCUAUCUUUUGGCAAGCUACGGGGAUUGGAGAAUGCCCCGUCAACGGCUCAGAUUUUACCGAAGGUAUCGUGGCGUACGUGGAUGGGACUGUGAAUGCGUCAUUAAGCUAUGGCUUUUCCAUGAUUGCCGAACUUACCGUUUCAGAAAACGAAAACACUAUUCAGCCCGUACAAAUGAGCGGUUUUGUGUCUGCGACAGGACAGACUGACCUCACGCAUGGUGUGGCUGGUGUUGGCAAUCUCGACAUUUCCCAGGCGAACAUAGCCAACCCUGCCACUGUCACAGGCUCUCUGAACAACUUGGAUGGCAGCGUGACCGUGGACUUAUCCCAGGGUAGGACACUUAUCAUCCAACCAUACAUUCAGUUUGAUUAUCAAUUGGCAACCUACAACAGUUCAGGCUCAUCGCCAGACGGUGGAGACAGUACAGUUCAUUAUGAUGGAGAACUAAAAGUCCGUUCAAUCACUGAUUUAGGGGAAUUUAAGGCAAAUUUUCCGCAGAACUCUUCCAGCUCUUCCAACGGUUCAGGUGACUUCCCAUACAAUGACAAACGCAAGCCCAACCAGAUAUCGAUAUCCAAAAACAAUAUCCUAUAUUCUGCUCCGAGCAGUAACGCGGCCAUUGGUAUUACUACUUUCGUCACAUUCGGAGUCAAAGCGGAUCUGCAAUGGUUUGGACCAUCGCAAACUGCCCAGUUGACUGAAGAGUUAGCCGAUAUGGAACUGAAGUGGAGUACUCAAACUAUUUACACCUUUGGUGCUCCCGACUCCGUUUCAGCUUGUGUUGACUAUAACGUCUCCACGACAGCUUGGCAGACAAGCGACCAAAACUCCUUGAUUUCGUCUGAUGCCCCUACCUACCUGGUUUCUGACGUGCAAUCUCCCGAUGCCGAAGAAUUAUGCUACGCAACAUACGUCAAAAACGGAACUUUGUCUGGCUCAUAUCCCGGCUGGGGCUAUCAGAGUGACUCUGAGAUUAGCCCUUCUACCUUCAUCGGAAGCGACAGCGACAUAUUCACAAGUCAAAAGAGCAAAAUCAAGUGUAAUUCUUGUGUUUCUUGUAUGACCGAAACUGAAGAGGACGAGGAGCCAACAUUUUGCUGCGGCUGUGUCUGUAUGGAUUGCAUAUAUGGCAAUUCAGAUCUUACACCAUGUCCAGACUGCGAUCCGGUUGAUGUUGAUGGUAGUUGGCCUACUGGUACCUUCUUCCAAAAGAGACAACCAGGUAAAAUUGUGAUGACUGAGCACGUUGAUGGCCAUAAUGAUACAAAACAUGAUACUAAUAUUGGAAUGUCAGAGAUUGGGGAGCUUUCAGCCCAUCAAACCAAAGAGAAUGCGACAGACUUGGCUAUCUUAGUGCCACGUGUGGUAUACGACGUAACUCUUACGGAAAAGGAGGUCAAUUCAUGCUUUAAGAAAAUCUCUAGAGCUUCUCAACAGUUUAUGUACCCUUCUUUUCCUAACAAUGUUCAUACCCAGUGGGAGACUCUUGACAAUGGAGCAUGGAACGCCGUCGCCAGAUACUAUGGAAACACGUCCUCAUCAUGUGUGGAUUGGAGCGUUGGCCCAAUGCAACCUGCCGAUCAAGUCUAUAUAGCCCCGGGGAGACAGGUUCGAGCAAAGUACCAAACCGAGCAUGUUUUCGAGGGUCAAUUGAUCGGCGACUUUUUUGAUCAAUGGUUAGAAAAGGGCCGGGUAAAAAAUCAGCCGGCACGAGUGAUGUUGAGUUCGGCCAGCAUAGUAGAUUGCAACUGGUCGAAAGAGUAUGCAAUGAGCAUAACCAGAUUGUCUUGGACUUUGCCUCAAGUCCGCCCAUACUCUAUCGCGAACGUCAUGUGGAGUGAACUCGGCAACGUGGCUCAUUUGGAUCGCCUCACCAUUUUCCUAUCACGGCCAAACCAAAUCAAAGGCAGUUUGUUUUCGAUGAACCAAGCAAUCAGCCCGACAGGAGGCUACGCGAGGAAAGCUCCAGAAGCUCAACUUAUGUCGGUGAAAGAGUUUGGCAUGGUUUUCGAGUACAUGAACAAUCCGAAUGUGUGGGCAAUGUUUUGCGACACUUUUGAGGCUAUCUACGGCGACCUGGUGGUCUUCGACAGAACGUAUCAGCAACAAUAUCCAAACAAUCCCAUUAACACCGCUUUAGCGACUGAAUGGAGUAACUACAUACGUGCGACUCUUGACACAAUGGUUGUCAAUAGCCGCACUUUGUUCGAUGCUUUGUACGCAGCAAGAAACGGCGCAGGUUCUCCGUUAUCAAUCUACGAAUUUCUUUGGUUUCAGAAUUUGCCCAACAGAGCGCUCAUACAACUUCCAGGCACAUGCACCCACCUGGCUGGUACAAGCGUGUAGGCGGCCUCCGGACACUGUGCCGAGAUGCGUCAGAUUCAAAUAGGUAGAGAAGCUAGACAACAAGGUUAUUCAGUCGAAGAGUUCCCUCUUAUCAUAGAAAAGAUCUUGAAACCUGC